GCUCACUUCUUUGUUUUCUUAUUUAAUAAAAAGCAAAUUAAUUGUUUGGUCACUUGGACUCUACUACUUUAUUCUUUCACGUCUCUAUACGCCAAAUUCUGUCUCUUCAUUUGACAAAAAACCUCCAAUCUAAUGUUCAUGUCUUGUCUUUCGAUAGUAUCUUACUCUCUCUGAUACUCUUUCUCUCUCUAAGUUUAUGUCGUUAGGACGAUCAGAGUUCGCCAACGGCGUGGCUGCACGGAGCCUAAGCGAGAUCUCCGAGGUUGACGCCGUAAGAAUUGGAACUGAUAUUGUAUCGGCGGCGAGACGUGUCAUCGCGCUCUUAAGUUCCGUCGGAGACUCUCAGUGGCUUCAUCACCCAUCGGUCAUUGCCGAAGCUAUCAGACGGUACGAUGAGCUCUGGAUGCCGUUAAUUUCUGAUCUAACGGUUGGUUUGAAGCCUCCGAUAAUUCUACCUCCUCUUGAUGUUGAAUGGGUUUGGUUUUGUCAUUGCUUAAACCCAGUAGGUUACAGAGAUUACUGUCAAAAGAGAUUCUCAAAACUUAUAGGAAAACCAGCGAUUUACGACGAUGAGAACGAGGAUUACGCGGUUUUACAUUGCGAGAAACUCUGGGUUACGAGAUAUCCAGAGGAGAGUUUCGAGAACAGAGCUGAUCAAGAUUCAUCUGAGCAUGUUUCAUCAUCCGCUAAUGAAGAUAUUAAAGCUGAUGUAGAGAAGCAGAGGUUCCUCUGGGAGAAGUUUUCAGCACCUUAUAUGUCUGAAACCGUUUACUUGAUCGCUGCUCGGUUACGCUACAAAGGGUUAUUGCUUAUACUAAACAAGUUCAAGAACGAGAUUUCUCGUCUUGUUCCCGCUUCAGAUAUUCUUCUUAUGUGGCUCACACAUCAGAGCUACCCGACGAUAUAUACAGAGGAUGUGGAUGAAAUGUUGGAAGAUAUGAUGAUGAAAGUGGUACGAAAUGGAGAAGCAGUAGAGAAAACAGAAGUUGAAACAACAAAAACACUUUGGGAUAGGUAUUUCAAUCAACCAUACGAGAAAGCAGGUGGAGAAUUGACUGUAACAGCGAAUGAGUCUCGUCUCUGCAGCAACCACACCGUGUUCUAUUGGCCUGUCUCUGAUAUAGACAUUAACACUGUGUAUAAGUCCAUUCGACCAAGAUUUGUCUUGGAAUUAUGUAUAUUUAUAAGGCUGAGUCCAAAGGCAGAGGCGAGUGAGACGAGUUUUCUUCGUCUGAGAGUUGCUAGAUGUCAUCGGAAGCUUCAAAUUGAUAAGAAAACGACUGAUUUGUCCGGGUCGUGGCGAAAAGCGUGGCAUCUUUACUGUGAGUUUGGAACACAAGGAGUGGUGUUAGAGUCUCAUUGUGACCGUCCACGUGGGAUUUGCUACAGAAGCAAGAAACCGGAAGGGAUGAUACCGUUUCUGUGGAAUGAUCUUUUAAGAGCGCAUUCUCUAUCGUCUGGUAGGUUUCUUGGGAAGCAAGCAAGUGUUUUUGCUUCGGUUACUCCUCCUGUUCAAGCGCCGUACUUGCUGAGAUUUGUACCGGAUCGAGUUACAGAUGAUUCAGGUGCUAUGGUAUCUGAUUCAAUUCAAAGAACAAACAACUUUCUGUCUCAAGAAGGAAGAUGGCUCACUCGAACUGUUCUUGAUCACGCUGGACGAGAAUGCUUUGUUAUCCGUAUCCGGGUUGGGAAGGGAGUGUUUAAACGUGGAGGUGAAGUUCCAUUGCCUGUGAAAUCGGAGGAGCGGAUAACAGAGAUACGAGUAGGUUCUUGGUCGUAUGUCGAAGGUUCAAUCGGUAAAGCUCCAGUCUUAAGGUGGCUUAGAAGUCAAGAAGGAGAACUCUGUUUAGUUUUUUGCAUUUGGCGUUUGAGUACAGAGAAGGUGGUUGGUACCGUAACGCCUAAAAACCCGGUGGAGGAUUGGGAAGCGGCCUGGGAAUUUUCGACCGGAGACGAUUUACUCAUCCGGUGGGACGCAUCAGGAUCUAUCUCAGAACUCUGUCUACAUUCAAGAAAGUCCGAUUCGCAGGUUAAGCUAUUAACUGGACGGAGAAUGCAAUAUAAAGGAGAAAAUGAAGAAGACGACGAAGGUUUUGUAACAAUAGUUAGAUCAACAGAACAAGAUUCAGCAGAAAAAGCAACGGCUCUGAUCGAUUGGAAGCAUCAAGCCGUCGAGUUUUUGCCUGAGGAAGACGCGGUUUUCGUCUUGCUAUUGUCGGUAUCGAUUCUAAGGAGCGUGACACAGAGAAGAAGAGAAGACGUUGGUAAAUUAUUGGUACGGAAGAGGAUAACCGAAGCAACCGGUGAACGGGAUUGGGGUUCGGUUAUCGUCGAUGGUUCAUCAUCAAAUGUAUCUUCUUCUUGUAGUCCAUAUGUAGGACCGUGGUACCGAAAUUCCGGUAAGGUUAUGGCGAUGGAGGAGAAACCACAGGUGGCGAGGUAUCCAUAUCCAGUUAGGAGCUAUUCUAAUGUUGAUGGUGGUAAUAAUUUGUAUAGACACGUAAUAUUUGGGUGAUUUUAAAGAAAUUGCAUUUUUUUUUGUAGUCACGAUUGAUUGGUGUAACAAAAUGGUCCAAAAUUAAUACGAUGUUUGGAAUUUUUGAGUCUCUAAUUGUUUCAUGUCUUUGCGAGUUACGCUGUUUGUAUUAUAUUUCUAACAAGCUUCCCAUAAAU